AAAAUCCCGGACUGACUGUUGGAGAUAGAAACAAUGCCCGGCCAAGUCUCACGGCCCAGCAGUCAACAAUCUCGAGACUAUCAAGCACUAGUAGUCACCAGAAAUGCAAGUCCGCAAUCAUCUACCACCUGUUGCGCCCUUGCAGCUCAGGUUAGUCCCGCAGCUUUGUCUGAUACGUCGCCAUGGUUGAGAGCAAACAAACAAACCGAAAUUUCCGUGUGUCGACAAUGGUAAGAGAACAAUGCCAACAACGGGCCCACCCAAGUCUUCCAUCAAACGUCCACAAACCGGUACCUUGGACAACACAAAACCAUCCGAACUGUGCACAUCCGAUUUCUUGACGCUCUGCUGGUUCUGGCUUCGAGUUCCCAGACCUGUAACUGCAUCACCUGGCUGCCACCACAACAACUGUCACAAUGCCCUCUACCAUGGCAGACGCGGUAGCUGAGAUCGAAAGCCUCCUCGACACCGGUAUUGCCGCUAUCAAGGGCCUUAUUCCCAUGAUCUGGGUUCAAAGCAAAACUUCGCCAGUCCAGUUCCUCGUCGGCGGCGUCGCCGUACUGUUGUCGUACUUGCUCCUCACCAUCUCACCACCUCAUGAUCCGUCCGAACCACCCCUCAUCAAGCCCAGGUUCCCAGUAAUUGGCCACCUCUUUGGUCUGUUGAACCACCAAGUCAACUACUUCAGCGAGCUGUUCGCGCGGUACCAUUUGCCCAUCGCAACUCUCCCCAUCGGUAAUCAGAAACUCUACGUUAUCUUCGAUGCGCCUCUACAACAGGCCGCUCUGAAGGCCAAGGACAUGGACGCGCAGUCUUUCAUGGUGGACUUCGUCCCGCGCAUCUUUGGCGUCAAACAAGGCACGGUCGACAAGCUCCUCGGAAAGGAUGGCGUGCACCCAAACAUCAUGGGCGACAUGGAACAGGUUUUCAAGUCCGCGCUCUCGGGAGACAACCUUCAGAAGUUGGCCAGCACCACUCUUGCGACCAUGGCCGAUACCUUGAAUGAUGUGGAUUCCAAGAAAGGUACCAAGAUUCCCAACAUGUUUCUCUGGCUUCAGUCACUUCUUAGCAGAUCCACAUCAAAAGCAUUGUGGGGAGAGAAGCACAACCCGUUCAAGGACCACCAAGUCAUUGACGCCCAGUGGGACUUCGAAUCCCACCUCGGCCCCUUGGUCCUCGGGGUCCUCCCAUCCAUCGUCGCCCGCCGCGCCUAUCUCGCCCGCAACAAAGUCCAAUCUGCGCUUCUUUCCUACUUCAGCGCGCGCCAUUACGAGACUGACCCGUCCACCUCCUACUUCAUCCGCGCUCGCACUCGUUUGCUAAAGAGAUACGAUCUUCCCGAUGACGAACUAGCCAAGAAUGAAGUAGCCAUCACCCUUGUCGCCACUACCAACGUUCUAUCCACUCUCUUCUGGUGCAUCGCCGAAAUCUGGACGCGCCCUGAUCUCUUACAACAAAUUCGCGCCGAAGCUUUGCUGGCCGUCUUUGGCAACAGUCAAAAAGCUCUUUCGGGUGAGGACAUGGGAACAAGAACAAUCACCAUCCCCGCCACGGGCCUCGACGCCAAGUGCCCCCUCCUUGCCUCCUGCUUCCGGGAAUCCAUCCGGCUUGCCUCGCAGAUCGUUACCGCCCGACGCGUGCUCAAGGAUACGUUGCUCACCGACCCCGUCUCGGGAAAUUCCUAUCUGCUGAAGGCUGACACCAAUGUCAUGAUGCCUGCCAAGGUAGUCCACCGGAACACCUCCGUCUGGGGCGCCGAUGCUGAGGGGUUCAACCCCCGUCGAUUCAUGUGGGAGGAGCUGGGUCCGAAGGUGGAGAGGCAGAGGAAGGCGGCCUUUGUCCCCUUUGGUGGUGGAAAGCACAUGUGCCCGGGAAGACACUUUGCGUUUACCGAGAAUUUGGCGCUGAUGGCGGCGUUGGCGAUUGGGUUUGAAAUUGAGGGAUUGGAUAGAAGUAAGUUGAAGAUGGGCGACUCCAAGAGGGGCGAGACGGCGAAGCCGUUGCCGGGGUUGGAGGGUGGAGAGGUGGUUUUGAAGAAGAGGAAGGGGUGGGAGGGCGUUGAGUGGGAGUUUAGCUGCUAGUCGACCGCGACACCUGUCUCUUCGCUUUGUUCCAGUCUGGCAUUCUGUUGCGGAUGUGUAUAGUACGGAGUCAGUCCACUGAUAGUAGGUAGGCAAGACCGGUGUGCAUACGUUGCAAGACAUCUGUCCGAGAAUCGAUUCCAUGAUGCGCAUGG